AUGACCGACACGGAAGUGUGCCAGACGCCGCCGCGGAGAGCCCACAACCCGCUCAAGGGCCCGGCUCCGAUGCCGCCGUCGACGACGACGCCGCCCACGGACCGCAUGCCGGCCUUGGUGAGCCGGAAGGCGGCAGGCAUCGCGCCGCAGCCGCGCGGGGUGGCCGCCGCCGCCGGCAACUUCUGCCUGGGGCCGUACGAGCGCCGCGGCGCCGCCACCGUGCUGGCGGACGCCGCCGACGGCGACUCGCUCGGCGUCGACAGCGAGGGCAGCUCGACGGAUGUAGGCGUGUGCCUCGACGACUCGGCGAGUGACGCGAGUCAGGACUCACUGGUGACGUCCGACUCGGCCGUCAGCUCGCCGGCGGCCCGACAUGUGACUCGGUGUCGGCCGGCCCCCGGGCGGUCUCCCUCGCCGCGGCAGGUGACGCCCGCUGGGUUGGUGCCCACUCGGGCCCCAGCGCCGGCUUCAGCCCCAGCCCCAGCGACAUGUCCACCACCAGCCCCAGCACCCGUCCUGAUCCAAGCCUUGGCCUCAGCACCGGCCCCAGCUCUGGCCUCAGGUCCGGCCGUGUCCGAAGCCCCCGGUGUCUCCGUAGUACCUACGUCAACUCCAGCCUCGGCACCUGCUCCUGCAUCGGUUGAGUCUCCGACCCCAGCUGCGCCUGUAGCUCCAUCGCCAGACUCUACUUCAGCUCCGAUCCCAGCUCAAGCCUCGGCACUGGCUAUAGCUGCGAUCUCGGCCUCUGCUGCAUCCCCUACCCCUGGUGCGUCCCCCGCGCCGGCUCCAUCUUCAUCCCCGGAGAUUUCCGCCGUGCCAGUUGCGUCCCCUGAUGUUUCCAAAUCGCUAGGGCAGAAUCAAUCUUUCUCCGCAGCCACUACCGCAGCACCGUCGUCGGCUCCACCUACGUCUCCAGUGACGGUUUCGUCCAGUGCUCCAGCCACUUCCCCAGCGCCGACUCAGACGUUGCCCCCAGCCACGUCCCCAGCGCCGACUCAGACGUUGCCUGCAGCCGACUUCCCGGCGGAGGUCUCGGCCACAGAUACAAACACGACCCCAGUGCCUCCCACAUCACAGCGCACGUCUUCGGUGUUCCUGUCCCCUGAGCAAACGACUCCUUCCUCUUCGCCUUGCCCCGUCCUUCGACCUGUCCGAUCCUCUGGUUCCGCUGCGCCUCCAUCCAACGCAGCGUCACCACAGCCACCUCAUACCACCUCGUCCGUAUUCCUGUCUCCCGACCAAACGACUCCGCCAUCGUCGCUGGCACUCGCUUCCCGCCCUUCUCCCUCCCCAGCGUCCUCCCCGAGCCCAGCUCCAGCUUCAGCCAGCCCUGCGUCGUCGGGCACGUCGUCGGUGUACCUCUGCCCCGGGCAGGCCCCGCGCACUUACGGCGAACGCCAGCGGCCGCGGCCGGCGCCGGCGCUGCCGACGCUGCCCGAGUCCGGCUACGAGUUCCAUCUUCGCGAGGGCACGGCCGGCCAGGAGGCGCCGCCGCCACCGCCGCCGACGGAGGACGGCUUCGCCGGCGUCAGAGACCUGCUGACGCCGGCCGACAGGAUCCGCAGCGCCAAGGGCACGGUCAGGGGCGUGCGAAACCGCGUGCGCGCUGGCAUCGCCACCUUCCUGUCCGAUGGCGCCGCCGCCAAGACAUUCAAGGAGCGAGAGCAGGGCCGGCUCGUGGUCUACGUCACCACCAUGGGCAUCGUACGCGCCACCUAUCAAAGGUGCCAGCGUGUGCGACAGAUCCUACGGCAGCUGAUGGUGCAGUUCGAGGAGCGAGACCUGUUCCUGAGCGAGGCCAUUCAGGAGGAGCUGCGACAGCGUCUAGGCUCCGACAGCGUCCAAUUGCCGCAGCUCUUCAUCGAGGGACAGCUACUCGGGGGCGCCGAUACGGUGGAGAGAUUGAACGAGACAGGCGAGCUACGCCGCAUGCUCAAGCCAUACAAGACCACGGCUCCGACGACGUCGUGUGCCAAGUGCGGCGGCUUCCGUAUGCUUCCCUGCACCGUCUGCAACGGCUCCAAGAAGUCGUGCCACCGUAAUCACCUGACAGCGGCCUGGGUGGUGCUGCGCUGCUGCGCCUGCGACCCGUCCGGUCUGGUGGAGUGCGACCUGUGCCGCAGCUGACCUGCGCCUGCGACCCGUCCGGUCUGGUGGAGUGUGACCUGUGCCGCAGCUGACCUGCGCCUGCGACCCGUCCGGUCUGGUGGAGUGUGACCUGUGCCUGUGACCCUCCGGCCUGUUGGAGUGUGAUCUGUGCCUGUGACCCUCCGGCCCGGUGGAGUGUGAUCUGUGACGCAGCUGACCUGUGCCGCUUGUUCGGUCGUGGCGUGGCUGCUGCGCCAGCACGCAGUGCGAGGCUGGGCACAGGCGAGCGGCGAGCAGCGAGUGGCAUCUUUCACGUGGGUUAUGUUGUUAGCCUGUUGGAGGUGGUUUUGUUGCCGGUUUCAGGGCCGGUUUUUGAGGUAGUCAAACGCCCGAGUAGCCAUUUGUAGGCGUGCCUUUUGGUAGACAAGCUGCGCCGUUUGUCAUGGACAGUAAGCUGUAUCGGAAGAUGCGAUGACAUAUUUAUCUCGUACUGAGUCGACUUGGAGGACCAGAACUCGCUAGCAUCUGAGCGGCGCUCCACAUAUAUAUUUGCAUGUUGUGAAGCCAGUUAUAGGUGCACUUAUCUACAUGGUGUUCAUGUAAACCGUUAGACGCCCGCGCAGUGCACACGAAGUCGAAGCGGCUCUCAUUACUUUGUAAGUAGAAUCCCUGUCGUAUCUAGUAGGGCCGCUAGCGUUAUAGUAUUACGCUGGCCAAACUGCAUAUAGCGCUGCACCUGUACGCGCGCAUCUGAUUUUACGGCCCAGUGCUCAACGCGUGCGUGAACGCACUCAACGCAUUUGUGCCACAGCGGCUCCCGGCGCGCUACGUCGAAGUGAGCCUGUGAUACCGCGUCGCGUUUGGCGUCGGCGUCUGCCGUCCGGGAGCGGAAACGGCCGACAGCUGGCCCCGUCCGCACUCCGCCGCGCAGCUCUCUCGCUCGCCGCGCUGAGGUGCCGACGCCGCGAGGCGCGGCGGCCCGCAGUGACGUCACGCCGCCGCAGACCGAGGUGACGGCGGAAGCCCGCGCCGCCAGGUGGCUGGAAUGGCCCCGGUGCGCCGACAGACUGCCGGCGCUCCGUCGAAAACGCGGGAGCAGGACGCCAUAUGACGGUUUUCUCGCCACGGAGCUGGGCGACGGUGGGGGCGUGGUGCUUGACGUGAUUAAUACAGCUCAACC